AUGCUUUUGUUGAACGAUCAGGACAAGGAGCUACUUCGACUUCCUGGCGAUGGCGUUGAACCCAGCUUCAUCCUGGCCGAUGUGCAUAGAUUAACGGCUGAAAAGCAAAAGGUAGUUCAAGACAAGGCUUGGAAAAUUAAUUUCGGAGGCCGCAGAAUUGCCCUCAAAGAUGUAAUAGUGAAGAUGGUGUCAUGGCUCAAAUCGUUUGAAGCCAUCGGGGAUAUCCUUGUAUCGAUGGAUCCAGGCCAUGCGGCUUUACCAUGGGCUGCAGUAAAACUCCUUUUACAGGCUUCGCAGGUCGUCACUAGGGAUCAAUCCCAGAUGGGCUUGGUGCUCAUUGGUUUGGAGCAAGUGGCUUGUCUCAUCACGCGAUGCAAAGUCUAUGAGCAGCUGUACCUGGAUAACAUAGAGCCCCAAAAAAUGGUCCAUGUUAACGUUAUGAAAUCACUAAGUCAAGUGAUUGUGCAGUUGUACGCUAAACUUCUAUCUUUCCUAGCACACUACAUUCGAUUGAUGAACAAGAACGGCGUUGUGAAAGCUUUACACGCACUUUUGAAUCCGGAUGAGAUCUCAGACAUGCUAUCAGAAAUUGGCAGACUUGAAACGAGAACAAUCAGGGAUGCUGGGUUGUGCGGAAAGAACAUGGCUCAACUCGCAAUCCACCAAACCAACGAAAAGUUUCAAGAAGCUCGAGAACAGCUACAUGAGCUCGUAUCACGCAUGGACACGGAUACCCUACAGCUGUGGAAGAAGCUCAACGAAGAUGAGAGAGUUAAAAUUUUGCAGUGGAUAUCGGAUAUACCGUACGAGAGUGAUCAUUACACGGCAAAAAGUGGAAGAAUAGAAGGAACCGGGGGUUGGCUCAUUCAGCAUGAGACGUAUAAAGCCUGGCGUGAUGCUAAAGAGUCCACAGUCCUAUGGCUAAAUGGGAUUCCCGGUGCUGGGAAAACAAAACUCUCGUCAAAAGUGGUCGAUGAUCUCUUACAGGUUGUGGAGGGUGGCGACGCCGGAGAUAUGGGAUUUGCAUACUUUUACUGCGACCGAAAUCGAGCGGACCACCAAGACCCAGUGGCAAUUCUUCGAAGUCUUAUUCGACAACUUUGCGCACCAUGCGACACUUCAAGUAUUGAUGCCUGCGCAGAGCAUAAGUACAUGGUAAGGAAGCGAAAAGGGUUUGCUAGAGACAGGUUGAGUGGCGAGGAGUGCCACGAGCUGCUGCUUCAGCUGGUUGGAGUUCAGAGUGGAACGUACUUGGUUAUAGAUGGUCUCGAUGAAUGCGAUCGGGAGACGCGUCACGUCUUAAUGAAUAUCCUCGAUGAUUUGAUUGACAAAUCAGGGCAUCCUGUCAAAAUAUAUAUUGCCAGCAGAACGGAUCAGGAUCUCCGGAGCCGAUAUCAAGGAGGGACGCACCUAGAAGUGACAGCAAACGACAACCAAGCUGAUAUUGAAACAUUUGUCAUCGAAAAGAUGAAGCAGAGCGAUUUCUGCAACACCAAGAUGACCUCUACAGUUCGUGAGCAGAUUCUCACAACAUUUCAUGACAAGAGUCAGGGAAUGUUCCAAUGGGCCGUUCUUCAUAUUUCCGAGCUGCUUGCGCUGAAGCGGAAUAAUGACAUCCUCAAGUACCUGCAUCAGCUACCUAGAGGACUAGAAGCAGCCUACGACAAAAUCCUUCAAAAUAUAUCGAAUCAGAACGGUAGUCAAAAAGACGUAGCCUUUGCAGCAUUCAAGAUCGUCAUGGUGUCUCGGAGACCAUUGUCCCCAUACGAGCUGGUGGCAGCUGUGGUGCAGGAUCCAGAAAUGGAUUUCUGUAUCGACGGUGACGUCGAUAUCGACUAUCUCCUCGAGGUCUGUCAUAACCUACUAGUGGUGACCGAUGGCUCUCUCGAGAAGCCGGUGGAUGCGGAGCAUGAGCUUCUCCGAGCAGACUAUACAGUUAUGGGUGGCUACCAGUAUCAGAAGGUCGAUGAUCCUAGGAACUCUUCGCGACCAGUCAAAACAACACGAUCCGGCACAACAUUGAUCGGCCCCUCUUCCAUAUGCCGCUUCUCUCACUUAUCUGUACAGGAAUACCUCGAGAGCAAACAUUGGAGCACACAUGAAUCAGAGGCCUUUAUGGCUGGAAUCUGUUUAAGAACGCUCCUCUCUUUUCGCAUCUCGGACAAUCCUACCGACUGGGAUUUGCGUAGGAGAGGCAUUGCCACUAUGGAUGAAAUAGUUCUUGGCGACCGAACUAUAUUAUCAGUGGCUGAGUUGGAGAAGUCAACAACGUUCCGAGUCAUUUGGGAGCCGGAGGCUCAUGAUGAAGACGGUGUGACAGCUUUAGAACAAAUACCAGAUUCCCAUGAUGACCGCCAUCACGAGAUACGUGGUGUGAAGUCCCAGGCGCCGCCAUUCCAAUGCUUCGUAGAAUUUUCGCAUGAUUGCGCCUACGACGAUAACGAGUCCUACUCAGGCGUCAUCUUCGACCCGUAUAUCGAAGGAUACCGAAAUACCGGAGUGGAGGGCUGGGCUUCCUAUGCUUCUCAUACAUUUGAUUCGCAUUUGCGGUGCAUGGUAUCCGCAAAAGGGCCAGACCCGGCAACUGCUGGUCUACUGGUAGAGUUUUUGGGCAAACCGGGUGAAUCAAGCAACUCGUAUCGGGCAUGGACGGUAUUGAAUCAGAAUAAUUAUAACUUGACGAAACGACGCCCAAACACAUCGCCGAAGGCCCGAAAUCUGUUUUCUUCGCGGGCUCUGCUGCGUCCAAUAUCCGAACCGGCAUUGGGCUGUGCCAUAAUAGGCCUGAAACAAAUAUUACAGGUCUGGCUUGAGGAGGGGAGCUUGAACAGUAACCUCAAGAACGAUAGGGGAGACAGCCUCCUUGUCCUCGCAAUAGAGAGCGAACAUGCGCAAGUUUGCGAUUUGUUACUCAGGCAUGGAGCAGAUGCGAACAUAAGCGAUUUUCGAGGGAUGAGCCCUCUUAACAUUGCCGUUGGGAAAAGAAAUAAAGAAAUCGUGACGGCACUGCUUAAAUCAGGGGCGAGUCCCAAUUUCCACUCUUCCCAACUAGAGGAUUAUCCCCUCAUCAGGGCUGUCAAACUCGACGACAUCGGAAUUGCACGAGAGCUACUUCGGCACGGUGCCGACGUCUCACUUGGCUAUCAGAAGAUAACUAGUUCAUCGCCCCUCAUCAAGGCUGUGCUACGAUCCAACAUGGAUCUAGUGGCACUCCUACUUGAGUACGUCCAAAAUUUGCCUCGUUGGCAGUACCAUGGCAUCAUUUGGUAUGCUCUUGAAGAAGCCGUCAAAGUCGUACACAAUUCUGCUGCUGCGGUACUGGGGCUCCUCAUGCCACAUGCUACCGAGCUGAAGGGCUUGUCGGUUCUUCAUACAGCUGUAAUGGAAGGGAAUUGGACCGCAGCCAACGCGUUGAUCAAGCUAAAGAUGGAUGUCAAUACACUAAAUGGCAAUUUCAACACGCCUUUGCUGUGUAUCAUGCACAGUGAUUGUGAAGAGAAGUCACGAAAAGUGAAACAGCUUAUUGAAUGGGGGGCCAAUGUUAAUGCCACAGACAUCGAUGGACGGACUGCGUUAUACGUCUGUAUCAAUCGAUCUAUUGGCCGCGAAGAGAUCAUUUCCUUACUCUUAAACCACGGUGCGAACCCUAACGCUGUAGACAAGAAAGACGCCGCCGGAGCCCGCAUCACCUCUAACGGCAAAGCCGGUGGUGGGAUAGAUGAGAAUCAGGAAAUUGGUAAUCAACAAGGCAUUGAUGAUAAAACCGCUUUACAGGAAAUGCUCAAUGAAGCGCGAGGCGAGAAUAAUGAGCAGAGCCGGUAUACCGGCGACCUAUAA